CCUCCUGUCACCCCACCACUAUCCUCUCCUACCACCAAGAUGCCCAUCGUCAAAACCAAAGGCCUGUUGUUCGACAUGGACGGCACGUUAGUAGACUCGACGCCAGGGGUGAUCCAGGCCUGGAACGACUUUGGCAAGAGGUAUGGGUUUGAUGGGAACGCUGUCGCGGACGCGACGCACGGGGCACGCUUGGUCGACAGCCUGAAGCGCUACUGCCACAUCACAGACGAGGCAGAGCUGCACGCCGAAGUCCAACGGUUUGAGACCGAUGUGCUCGAGGCUACCCGCCGAGGGCAGGGCGUUUCCCUCCUCCCGGGCGUGCUCGACUUGCUUGGAGCAGUCAGCAGUGUACAACACGACCGACCAAUAUGGGCCAUCGUAACCAGUGCGACCUCCCUCUACGCUCCCAAGGCGCUCGAAGCAGCCGGCGUGCCCAUGCCCGAGAAGCUCAUCACCGCCGACCGAGUGACGCACGGCAAGCCCCACCCCGAGCCGUACCUCGCCGGAGCGGCUGCGUGCGAGCUAGAGGCCAAAGACUGUAUCGUCGUAGAGGAUGCGCCGAAUGGGAUCAAGGCUGCCCAGGCAGCGGGGAGCAGGGUGUUGGCGGUGUGUACGAGCCAUUCGCGUGCCCAGCUUGAGGGGAGUAAGCCGGAUUGGAUCAUUACCCGUUUGACUGGGGUCAAGGCUAGCUGGGACGGGGAGGACAUCGUCCUCGAGAUUGAUGAGACGCCGUGA